AUGUAAUAAGAUGAUAGUUAAACAUAAAAAGAGACGAUAAAACCAAAAAGUAAAGUGAAGAAAAGUAGAGAACAGUUAGUAAUAAAUGUUUCGAGUACAAAUGAUGUUUAUAUCUCCAUAUAGGUUCUUAAUACCCAGUGAUACGAUAUGUAGGUAAGAAAAUGUUGAAUUGGAAAAUUUAGAAAGAUGAGAAUGCUACAAAUUGGGAUGUAUGGUGGACUGAUGGAGCAGUCUUUUCAGAUCUUUUGGGUAGAAUGAAUGGUAUUUGAUUAGUCAAAUUAAUUAGGUUAUCAAAAGGUUAAUCAUUUUCCUGGAAUGUAUAGUUUAGCUCGUAAAAAUCAUUUGGGAAGGAACCUUAUGAAAAUGCAUAAAUAGUUUCCUUAAGCAUAUAAUUACUUUCCAUAUACUUGGUUAUUACCAGCAGAAUUAAGUGAUUUUAGAGCCAACAUUGGAAAGAAUCGAACAUUUAUCAUAAAACCAGAAGCAUCUUGUUAAGGGAAGGGAAUAAUGAUAGUUAAAGAUGCUGAAGGACUUUCAAUUCAUGAACAUUAUGUUGCUUAAAGAUAUUUAAGUAAACCUUAUUUAAUUGACGGUUUAAAAUUCGAUCUUAGAAUAUAUGUAUUAUUAGCAGGUUGUGAUCCUUUAAGAAUAUAUAUCUUUAAAGAAGGUCUAGCUAGAUUUGCUACAGAGUUAUACAAAAAACCAGGUAAAGAUAAUUUAGAUAAUAUUUGUAUGCAUUUAACUAAUUAUGCUGUUAAUAAAGAUAAUGAAAAUUUUGUAUUUAAUUAAAGUGAUAAAUAAAUGGAUGUUGGACAUAAGAGAAGUAUGACAAGUGUUUUUGAAUUACUCAAAAGUAGAGGAGAAAAUGUUGAUUUAUUAUGGAAUACUAUUAAAAAAAUGAUGAUUAAAACAUUCUGUGCUGUUUAACCUAUAUUAGCUCAUUAAUAUAAAUCUUGUUAACCUAAUAAUCAUAUGAAUAAUAUGUGCUUUGAAGUUUUAGGAAUGGAUGUUAUCUUAGAUCAUAAACUUAAACCAUAUUUAUUAGAAGUUAACCAUUCUCCAAGUUUUACUACUGAUACUCCUUUAGAUGCAGCCAUUAAAAGAUAAUUAAUUUCAUAAUCUUUAAUCUUGAUGAAUUGUACUCAAAAAGCUAAAUAAGAAAUUAUUAAUUAAGAAAAACAAAUGCUUUAAUAAAGAAUGUUGACAACUAAACCUAUCAAAUUAACUUUAGAUGAAAAGUAAAAACUUAUCAAAUAAUGCUAAGAAGUGAGAGAUUAAUAUGAAAAUUUAAAUAUUGGAAAUUUUGAGAAAGUCUACCCUCUAGAACAAUAUGAAGAAGAUUAUGAUAAAUUUAUAGAAUAUGCUGGUUUAUUAUAUUAAGAAUCUACAGGAGCAAGUAAUUAUUUAUUUUAUAUUAUUAGAUAUAAAGAAAAUAUAAUAAUAAUAAUAGUAAUAGUAAUAAUAGUAAUAAUCAUAAUCAUAAUAAUCAUAAAAAAGAAUUGAAAAACCUGAAAUGAAAUCAGAAUGCACUUUAAGACCAUAAGAAUAUAGAUCAGAAUCUAAAAUUUUAGAAUAAAGAACUGAAUUUGUUAGAUUAAAAAGUGAAAAAACUUCAGGAAUUAAAAGAAUACUAAAAAAAGAACAUUCAACAACUCUUUUGGUUGAUGAAAGUAUCAGAAACAUGAGAUUAACUAGUUUAAAACCUCAUUAAAGAACAAUAUUAAAAUAAGAUUCAGUACGUAAGAAUUUGAAACUUCCAGUUAGUUAGGGCACUUUUAUAACUCCCAAAUUAUUUAUGAUUAGUGAGAAUAAUAAAAAUAGUAAUAAUGCAUUUUGA